AUGUCAAGAAGAGUGUCUAUUUCUUCCAUUAUUGGACGACGAAGAAGAGGAAGAAUUGUUUAUCAUAAUUGUCAAAAAGGUACAAUAUUUCCCUCUCUAAUUAAUCAUCCCUCCUCAUUCUUAUUUCUUUUGUUUCGUUCUUUCUCUACUACUACCCGAAACCCUAGUUCUCCUCCUAUAAAAUGCAAUGAUCUCCAAGACGCUAUAAAUUCGUUCAGUCACAUGAUCCAAAUGCAACCUUUGCCCCACAUUUCUCAUUUCAACAAAACUUUACGUCCUCUUUUGAAAUUGGGUCAUUACGACAUCGUUCUUCCUUUUAUUGGGAAAUUCCAUUUUCUAGGCAUUUCGGUCAAUAUCUACACCUUCAACAUUGCUAUUAACUGUUAUUGUCGCCUGAAUCAAGUCAAUUUUGGGUUCUCUCUUUUGGGUACGCUCUUCAAACACAAUUGUACACCAGAUGUAACUACCUUCAACACUCUAUUAAAUGGACUUAUUUUGGACAAUAAAACCCCUGAAGCUAUAGAGUUAUUUAAGAAAUUAAUGAGAAUAAGAGAAAUUGAACCCAACAUGGUUAUGUAUGGAACCAUUGUGAAUGGGCUCUGCAGAAUGGGGAACACUAUCAGGGCUGUUAGUUUGCUUAGGAUAAUGGAAGAGGGAAGUUGUAAACCUAACACCGUAGUGUAUAACACGGUCAUUGACAGUCUUUGCAAGGAUAAAAUGGUGGAUGUUGCUAUGAAACUCUUUUUUGAGAUGAAUGAACAAGGCAUUCGUCAAGAUGUUGUCACUUAUACCUCUUUGAUUCAGGGCCUAUGUAAUUUUGGCUCGUGGAAGGAGGCUACCGGAAUGUUUAGAGAAAUGUUGGAUAGUGGUAUUGCUCCGAAUGUUCAUACGCAUAAUGUGUUGCUAGAUGCAUGUACCAAGGAAGGGAAGAUGACAGAGGCAGAGGUGGUACUUGAAAUCAUGAUACAAAGAGGUGUGGAUCCUAAUGUAAUCACAUACAAUGCUCUAAUGGAUGGAUAUUGUUUGCAAGGUGACAUCGAUGAAGCAAUGAGAGUGUUCAAUACAAUAGUGGAUAGGGGCCUUCACCCUGAUGUUUUUAGCUAUACCAUUCUAAUCAAUGGAUAUUGCAAGAAAAUGAAAAUAGAUGAGGCUAUGCAUCUCUUUUGA